CCUCACUUGAGUAAAAUGAGCAAGAGUAUCAUGAGAUGUGUUGCCCCCUUGGUGACCCAAAUUUUCCUGGUUGAAAUUCUGGUAUUUUUUGAAAGAUUGGAUGGAUUCAUACUUCCAAGCCCAGCCUCAAACAUUAAUUGCAAAGGGAAUACCAUUUCUCCUGGUUAUGACAAUGUGCAUAUUCAGGAGACAAUUGGUCAUUCCAUUGAAUUUCUUAGGUCAUCAAUUUUAAAAUUAUGGAGUAGAUUAACUAAAUCAAACCCUCAUGAAUAUUUAGAUGAAAAGGGAUCUCAUGAAAUUCUGCUGAAAAAACUGUACAAAUCAUCCAAUGUCCUACAAGUGACACCCAAAGCAAAAAUAACCAAAAAGGAAGAGAUUCAAGAGUUGGAAGUCCAAAAGGAUUUAACUACAGAAAUGUUGGAAGUUUCUAGGGACAUCAGCCUGAGGACUAAAAGCUAUCUAGAAGGGUUAAAGAACCAUCAGAAUAUGGUACAGAGAGAUCAUUGGCUUCAAAAAAAUCCAAGAAAAAAAGACUUAACUGUUAGGUUACCAAUAAAGAGGCGAGGAUUAGCAAAAACCACAGGAAAACUUGCAGAAGAUCAAGUAAAACAUAAUUCACAUACAAUAGCUGAAAAACGGUGGAAACUUGCAGGGCGACAAGUGCUUCUGGCUACCAAAGCAAAAAUUGCAGAAAACAAAGAGAAAACUCGUGAGUUGGAUAUCCCGAAGGAAGUAGUUAAAGAAAUUUCAGAAACUUCCAGUGAAAUAAGGCUCAGGACUAAAAACCCUUUGAAAAGAUUAAAGUGGUAUCAAAGAAAAAUACAGCAAGAUCAGGAGGGUGGAAAAAAUUCAAGGGAAAAGGAUUUUUUUCUUUGUUUGGUAAGAAAUGGUCUACAAUUUGCAGAAACCAUUGGAAAACCGCUACGAGAGCAAGAAAAAAGUGCUUCACAUAAAAUGGUUCAACAAUGGUGGAUCUCUGCAGGGCGACAAGUAGCUCUGAAGGUUAAGAGAUGGCCGAAGAUGAUGCUCAAAGAAAAAAUAAGAAGACACAAAGAGAAAGCUCCAGUGUUGGAUAUUAGAAAGGAAGUGUCUACAGAAGUUUCAGAAGCUCUGAAGGUUAAAAGGUGGCCAAAGGUGACUCCCAAAGAAAUAAGAAGAAACAAAGAGAAAACCUCCAAGUUUGAGAUCCAAAUGGAAGUGGCUAUUGAUAUUUCAGAAGGUCUGAAGGUUAAGAGGUGGCCGAAGGUGACUCUCAAAGAAAAAAUAAGAGAAAACAAAGAGAAAACUCCAGAGUUGAAGAUCCAAAUGGAAUCCCUUAACAGGUUUCCUGAAACAUCAGUUCACUCCUUACAGAAACGCUCCAUUUUACAUCUUCCGACUAAGCUGCCCACUUUGACUUCUUCUAUUAUGGUGGAUGAUGGUGGUGAGGAACAGCCUGGUAAAGUGGUCUUUAUUCUGAAAUCUGGCAACAGGUCAGCAAGGCCCAGCCAUGUAAAGCACUUUGUAAUCAGCAAACAGGCAAAAGAGAAAAACACUCAGAACAAACAAAUAACUGACAAACUUUUGGAGAAGGAACUUUCGGAGAAAGAAGAAGACUCAGGAAGAAAGGAAAAUCUUCUCAAACACUUAAUGAUUAGAGGAAGCAAGCACAGAAUUACUACUAAGGGGUCUGAAACUUUGAACAAACUGUUGCCUGAUGAGACAUAUUGGGAGCAUCAUGGACACUUUACCUCUGCUCCACCUUCAUUUGAUUUUUUGUCAACCACUAAUAAUUUUCUUCUUCGGCGUUAUGCCUUUGAAUCUGAGUGGCAAAAAAGAUUGGCAACUAUCUUUCCCAAUGAGGCUGUCAGGAACACAUUUGUCAGGUUUAUGCGUGUCCUCAAAAUAGACUGCAAAGAACCCAAUAUCCAGAAGUCUUGUCCUGAACUGUUCAAUACAAUUGGUUUUUUCCUGACAAAAUUUGUUAGAUCAGCAGAUUUGAAGAGGUUAUCUGCUCUGAGGAAGUUUCCAUUUUUGCCGGCUAAAAAUGAAAACAAUAUUCCUACAGCAAGCUCCAGAAAAAUGAAGAAGCCCCCUAAUAAGAUAGCAAGGAAGAGAAUUCCAAAAUACGGGAAUGGCAACAUUACUCAUUUCGAAUUGGCUUUUUCUCUGACAAUAUUGGUAAUGAUUAUUAUUGCAAUGCUGAUUUUAAUUAAGAUCUAUUGUCAACGAACUGCCAAAGGACUGGAAGGGACCCCUCUGGAAAAACGGACACCUCUGGAUAGAAUGGAGAAAGGUACACUUGAAAAACAGACUUCAGCAUCAUCAUUUGAAAAACCUGUUUGGUUUAAAGAUAUGUAUCAACCUAUAGAGGAAGUAAAUAAAAAAGGCAUGAUUAAUAAAUUACAUGAUGAAGAGUCCUCAGAAGUGUCCUCCGAAGAGGAAAACAUAUAUACAUGGGCUAGCGCAAGACCUCCACAAAUCCCUGAGCUUCUUCCCGUGGAAAAACUAGAUCUAAUGCCACCAGCACCAGAACCAGAACCAGAACCAGCACCAGCACCAGCAGCAGUAGAAGCUGAAGCUCCGGCUCCGGCUCCGGCUCCGGCUCCAGCUCCGGCUCCGGCUCCAGCUCCAGCACCAGCACCAGCACCAGCUCCAGCUCCAGCUCCAGCUCCAGAGCCUGUUAAAAAGGCUAGUUCAAAGAAACUGUCUGAAGAGACGCCCACUAGUGAAGCCACUCCAGCGACUGAGUCUGAAAAAGAGUCGCCCACUAGUGAAGCCACUCCAAAGACUGACACUUCAGAAACAGAAGAAGGCACUUCAAAGAAAACAAGUUCAGAAGAGGAAGACGAAGAGGAAGAUGAAUACUAACCAUACUUUGCAUAUAAAUUGGAUAUAAGUUGUACAUUAAUUAAAGCACAAUUUUUAAUUAAA